GCUAUGUCUCUCAUAUCUGGAUUUUAGGGAUUCAAAGUAUCUUUUUUAGGUUACGAUUAUUCUCCUUAAUGGGUCCUCCUCUGCUUCCAAAACAUGUAACUGCAGUUAUAAAAUGUCAGAAGGAUCCUAUGAAAGCUCUAGAAAUGUUCAAUUCGAUGAGAAAAGAGGAUGGUUUUAAGCAUACUUUAUCUACUUACCGCAGUAUCAUCGAAAAGCUUGGCCUUUAUGGAAAAUUCGAAGCCAUGGAAGAGGUUUUAGUGGAUAUGCGUCAGAAUGUUGGUAACCAUAUGCUUGAAGGGGUUUAUGUUGGGGCAAUGAAGAAUUAUGGUAGGAAAGGGAAAGUUCAAGAAGCUGUUAAUGUGUUUGAAAGGAUGGAUUUUUAUGAUUGUGAGCCUACGGUUUUCUCUUAUAAUGCUAUUAUGAGUAUAUUGGUUGAUAGUGGUUACUUUGAUCAAGCUCACAAGGUGUAUAUGAGGAUGCGGGAUAGAGGAAUUACGCCUGAUGUUUACUCGUUUACGAUUAGGAUGAAGUCGUUUUGCAGGACUAGUCGGCCUCAUGCUGCUUUGAGGCUUCUUAAUAAUAUGUCUUCUCAAGGCUGUGAGAUGAAUGUGGUUGCUUAUUGUACUGUGGUUGGUGGGUUUUAUGAGGAGAAUUUUAAGGAUGAGGGAUAUGAGUUGUUUGGGAAGAUGCUUGCAUCGGGUGUUUCGCUUUGCCUUAGUACGUUUAACAAGCUUCUACAUGUUCUUUGCAAGAAAGGAGAUGUUAAGGAGUGUGAAAAACUACUGGAUAAAGUUAUCAAAAGAGGCAUUUUACCAAAUCUGUUUACUUAUAAUUUUUUCAUUCAGGGGCUUUGUCAGAAAGGUGAGCUUGAUGGUGCUGUUCGUAUGGUAGGUUGUCUCAUAGAUCAGGGACCAAAACCUGAUGUCGUCACAUAUAACAAUCUAAUAUAUGGCUUAUGCAAGAAUUCCAAGUUUCAGGAGGCAGAGGUUUACUUAGGCAAAAUGGUGAAUGAAGGACUUGAGCCUGAUAGUUUUACUUAUAACACACUAAUAGCUGGAUAUUGCAAAGGUGGGAUGGUACAACUUGCAGAAAGGAUUCUAGAUAAUGCUGUAUUCAAUGGGUUUGUACCCGACGAGUUUACAUAUCGCUCCUUAAUUGACGGAUUGUGUCACGAAGGUGAAACAAACCGUGCUUUAGCUUUAUUUAAUGAGGCCUUAGGGAAAGGAAUAAAGCCUAACGUGAUUCUUUACAACACACUGAUCAAGGGAUUGUCUAACCAGGGUUUGAUUCUGGAGGCUGCUCAGUUGGCGAGUGAAAUGUCUGAAAAGGGUUUGAUUCCUGAGAGUCUAUGCAGAUACCGCAAACUAGAUGAAGCCUUGGGGUUAUUGGAGGAAAUGAAAAACAAGAGAGUGAAUCCAGAUGCGGUUACGUUUGGAACGUUGAUUGACGGGUUCUGCAAAAACGGAGACUUGGAUGGAGCAUACACACUAUUCCGGAAAAUGGAAGAGGUUUAUAAGGUUUCAAGUUCAACGCCAACAUAUAAUAUCAUUAUUCAUGCUUUCACUGAGAAGCUAAAUGUUACUAUGGCGGAAAAGCUAUUCCAAGAGAUGGUUGAUCGUUGUCUUGGUCCUGAUGGAUACACAUACCAGCUUAUGGUUGAUGGUUUUUGUAAAACGGGAAAUGUCGAUUUGGGGUACAAGUUUCUACUGGAGAUGAUGGAAAAUGGGUUUAUUCCAUCGCUCACAACGCUUGGACGUGUAAUAAACUGUCUUUGUGUAGAGGAUAGAGUUUAUGAGGCUGCCGGUAUUAUCCAUCGGAUGGUCCAGAAAGGACUGGUCCCUGAGGCUGUGAACACCAUUUUUGAUCAUGACAAAAAGGAGGUAGCUGCUCCUAAGCUUGUCUUGGAGGAUCUGUUGAAGAAGAGCUGUAUUACGUAUUAUGCUUACGAACUUCUUUUUGAUGGCCUUAGAGAUAAAAGGCUACGCAAGAAAAAGGGUUUCACAGUGGUAGCCAUAUGAAUCUGCUGCAGUGGACUUCACAUGUGGUUGCUUGAAGAACUGAUUGAGUUUGUUUGAUUUGAGGACUUGCUGAGCCAGACCUUCCAUUCCUAGAGAAGAUAGUAACUCAACCAUUGCUCUGAGCCCCAUGGAUUGAACUUAGAUU